AUGGAAAAUAUAAAAAAUGAACAAGUUGUGAAAUUGCUAGAACUAUGGAAUGUAUUUAAGAAACCUCAAUAUUUAAUUGAUGAGACAGUAGAACUAUUAAAAAAAAAUGAUGAAGAAGAAUUAAAAUAUUUAUUUUUAAAAAGAUUAAAUUUUGGUACAGCUGGAUUAAGAGGUAAAAUGGGUGUUGGUUUUAAUGCAAUGAAUAUAGUUACAAUAAUGCAAACAACACAAGGAUUAUGUUCAUAUUUAAUAAAUACUUAUGGUUUACAUUUAUGUAAAAAUAGAGGUAUAAUUUUUGGAUUUGAUGGUAGAUAUCAUUCUGAAUCUUUUGCUCAUGUAGCUGCUUCUGUUUGUUUAUCUAAAGGAUUUCGAGUUUACUUAUUUGCUCAAACAGUUGCUACACCUAUAUUAUGUUAUUCAAAUUUAAAAAAGAAUUGCUUAUGUGGUGUUAUGGUUACUGCUUCUCAUAACCCUAAAUUAGAUAAUGGUUAUAAAGUAUAUGCUUCUAAUGGUGCUCAGAUAAUCCCACCAGUUGAUAAAAACAUUUCGAAUUGUAUAUUAAAUAAUUUAGAACCUUGGACAGAUACAUAUGAAUAUUUAAAUGAUAAUUUCUAUUUAAAAGAUACAUCCUUAGUUGAAGAUAUAUAUUUUGAAAUGUAUGAUUCUUUUAUGGAUGAUUUAAAACAUGAAUUUAAUUUUAAUUGUUAUAGAAAUUCACGUACCAAACUAGCUAUUGUAUAUUCACCUAUGCAUGGGAUUGGUAGAAAAUUUGUACAAGGUCUUAUGCAUGUAGUAGGUUUUAAUAACUUACUUACAGUUCCACAACAAGCAUUACCAGAUCCAGAUUUUUCAACAGUAUCAUUUCCUAAUCCAGAAGAAAAAGGAGCAUUAGAUAUGUCUAUGGAACUGGCUGAUAAUGUAUGUAGUCCUAUAGUAGUAGCUAAUGAUCCUGAUGCAGAUAGAUUUGCAUGUGCAGAAAAAUUUAAUAAUAAAUGGAAAGUCUUUUCUGGUGAUGAAUUAGGAAUCAUUUUUGCCUACCAUUUAAUGAAACAAUAUGAAAAGAAAAACAUUGAUAAAUCCAAACAUGUUUUCUUAUGUACAGUUGUGUGUUCAAGGAUGUUAAAAAAAUUAUGUGAAAAAUAUGGUUAUAAAUAUGAUGAAACACUUACAGGAUUUAAAUGGUUAAUAAAUAAAGCUAUAGAAUAUAAUGAACAAAAUUAUACUAUUCUAUAUUGUUAUGAAGAAGCUCUAGGACAUGCUCUAACACGACAUGUUAAAGAUAAAUGUGGUAUAUCAGCAUUAGGUUACUGGAUAGAAAUAGCAGUAUACUUAUAUGAAAAUAAUUUAACAUUCCAUCAAUAUUUAGAAACUAUUAGAGGAGAAAUAGGUUAUUUUGUAAAUAAUAAUGGUUAUUAUAUUGUACUUGAUUCUAACGAUAUUGUAAGUAUAUUUAAUGAAUUUAGAUCUAAUGGUUUAUAUAAAACGAAUUUAGGUUCAUACAAAAUUAUACAUAUUAGAGAUUUAACAACAGGUUAUGAUUCUACUACUGAAGAUAAAAAAUCCUUAAUUGCACCUACACCAGAUUCUCAAAAUAUUACUAUACAUUUUGAAAAUACAGCUAUUCUAACUAUUAGAGCAAGUGGUACAGAACCCAAAGUAAAAUGGUAUGCAGAAAUUUCUAGAGAUACGUAUGAACAAGCCAAAAAGGAGAUAGACCAACUAAUAGAUGAAGUUAUGCCUAUAUUUAUGCAACCAAAUAAGUAUAACGUAAAGAGGUCAUAA